AUGGACGCCUUUAUAGGCUCGUUCCCUUCCUUCACCUCAAGUUCUGAUAAGACGACGUCACAGAAACGGGAGAUGCGUCAGCUACCGCAUCUACGGAUUCCUCCUCUCCGGGAUCCUCUUCCAUCACAAUCACGGAAACCUCCAUCUCCACUCGAGCCCAAUGCCGGGGCAAUCAGAGCGUCCAAAUAUAGCUCCAAGUCAGCACUUGCAACCCCCAGUCAACCUCCAGAGCUCCCCCCUACCGUAGCGGGGUUUCUCAAUAGCACAACCCAUACGGAAAAGCCAACUUCCAUAGACUCGAUAUCAAACUUGGAUAAUCCGCCUAGAACAGUACUUCCAGCCUUUAUCAACCUACGAGCAGUGGAGAAGUUACCCUACUCGUUCGACGAAGAGGCAUUGCCCCGAAAACGACGCAGAGUUGAGCGCCAUGCCGACAGGUUUGGAGACCAUCUACAGCUUCCGAUACCAAAAAACCAAAAAGAAAAACCUAAGCAACCUCCUCCAUUUGGGCCUCUAACAAUAUUGAAUGGGUUAAACGAACCGCCCCCAAAUGCUGCUUUAUUUCCGCCAAUCGAACCCAACGAGUCUCCAAACAUUUUGACAUGUGCUCUCCAGGGGCCCCCAAUUAUAUCUAAAGGCCCAUCCAGUCAUAACAAGGGUGAGAUGCAAUCGAGGCAAUUUGUGGAAGUUGAUGGAAAGGCAGGCCCGGAUAAGGAAAAUACCACUGAUGGUUCAAGCUCUCUGCAGACCCCAGCUUCGGCAGCAGAAGCUCAGGCAGAGACGCAACACUCGUCCGAGCGGCCAGAUAAGGAGGAGGGUAAUCAGAAAGAUAAAAACGGGACCUCUCAAAAAUCCCAGCCAAGGAAAAAAGCGCGAAAGUGGACGGACGAGGAAACUCAUGAUUUGUUACGUGGGGUUGUGAGAUGCGGAGUUGGCAACUGGACUUCCAUACUUGCGCAACCUGACUUGGCUUUUAAUGAUAGAACAGCAGCAAAUUUGAAGGAUAGGUUUCGUGUUUGCUGUUCAUGGGCUUACGAGCCUGAUGGGAAGGCCCAUGGGCUUAUGGAUAGUGUGAACAAUCUACGAUCCGGGAAGAUAUUCCUACCAGAUCCCAGGAAAACUAAAGGGAUUACUGAGCAAAACUCCCUUCCUAGUUCUGCCACCACAUUGCAGAGUCUUGCAGCGAAUAUGCCUCAUGUAGCAUCUACCUCUUUGGCCACCUCCACAUUCCCACCGGGCGCAAAAAACCCUUCGACCCCCGAAAAAUCCCAAACACCACAGAAGCCUCGCCGCAAAAUAUCCCCCAUAACCAGAGGAAGUGAGGCUCUUUCUAAAAAAUCGAAAUCUACUCUGGUUGCCCUCGGGUUACCAGACCCCGAUGCCACCGUUAAAGCUAAUAAACGUUCCAGGCGUCCGUUUACACGGGCAGAAGACGAAGCAUUGCUAAAAGGCUACGCAGUUCAUGGCUUCCAAUGGACGCUAAUACGUCAAGACAAACACCUUAAUCUAAUGCAUCGAAAGGCUACCGAUCUCAGAGAUAGGUUCAGAACGAAGUUCCCAAGUGCAUAUAGGGAAGGAGGGUCAGCAACUGCGAAAAACAUCUCUAUCCCCGCCAGCAACGCAGCUGCGGUAAACACUGGGUCUGAUGCUGCUGGCGAAGGAAAACAGUUAUCAACUUUGGCAGCGCCCGCUACUAGCUCUGCAGCACAGGAACCUUUUCAACCCUCACAUCCAGUUUCCACAAUUGAAGAUCCCCAAUACAGAAAGGGAGCAUUUCGGAGGACAAGCAAUAGCGGUUCUAGUAUCAAUGCAAAGACGAAUCCAUCAUCCACUCCGACAAACAACGUCUUCAUAGCUAGUACAACAACCGUUGGCGCAGCGCCUAUUGACCCUGCAAUGCUGCCUCCUGCACCGCCAUUGAGCUCCGCUUUUGCAUUUACGGCUAUGGAUGAGAGUACUGGCCCUGGGAACGGGGAGCCUGCUCUCAGUCGAUGGAAUGAUGUUACAUUACCCCCGUUGGUAUGGGAAGAAUUAAGUUGA